AUGCCUCGAACCGCGGUCAGCGUGUACCACUCGUUCGGGUUCGAGUCCACGAAGCGGAACAACCUGCAUUACAUCGCGCCCGACGUCGUCGUCUUCACCGUCGGCAACGAGGUGCAGACGUUGCACCUCGUCACGGGGGCGCAGACGUACCUUCACGGCGUCGACGGCAAGGGCGUCGGCAUGGUGUGCGUGCACCCGUCGAAGCGCAUCCUUGCCGUCGGCGAGAAGGGCACGGACCCGAACGUGUACGUGUACGAGUACCCGCGGAUGAAGCUGAGGAAGAUUAUGCGCGGCGGCACCGAGAGGUCGUACGCGUGCGGGCGUUUCUCCCCGGACGGCGACACGCUCGCGACCGUGGGCGGGUUCCCGGACUUCUGGCUCACGCUGUGGGACUGGCGCACGGAGAGCAUCGUGUUGCGAUCGAAAGCGUUCUCGCAGGACGUGUUCGACGUGCAGUUCUCGCCGUUUUUCCCCGGGCAGCUCACGACUUCGGGGACCGGACACGUCCGCUUUUGGAAAAUGGCGGAGACGUUCACCGGUCUGAAGCUCCAAGGCGAGAUCGGGCGGUUCGGGAACGAGGAUUUGUCCGACAUCGCCGGCUACGCGGAGCUUCCGGACGGCAAGGUUCUCUCCGGCACGGAGUCCGGAAGGAUGCUACUGUGGGACGGCGGCCUCAUCAAG